GAGAGAGAGAGAGAGAGAGAGAGAGAGAAAGAGAGAGAGAGAGACGAACCUGUACGGUUGUACAAGGAGAUCCAGGAAUUCGCCAGAGAUAAUAAUAAUUGCACACCAUUUUUUUGCAGAGUUGAACCACGGGUCGCUGUUGUCAGUCGCUGCACUGGAAGACACAGUGUGUCUCCUCUUGUCUCUGCCGGAUCUGGACUUUUUCUUUUUGUCUUUUUGGAGAGCUGCACCGGUCUUCUUUUUUGUGUGGUGUGAGUGUUUGAGCUCAGCGGUGUCUGAACUGGUGAAUGAUAUGAAGUAUAUGCAGGCCGUGCUAUAGAGACCUCACUGUCACAUGAUCUUGAAUCUGCUAAUGAGCUUGAAACUGAAGAGAUUCAAGAGAAGCCAAUAACAAGAAGAACAGCAGUGUGGCGGAAUAACAAACCCGAUGAACAGCCCUCUCAACAUUUCUGUCCACUUUUACAAAAUGAUGACCAGGAAUUGAGUGAAAAUCUUCCCUUCAUUUGGAAGAGACAAAGACAUUGUUAAAUCUAAAUUUGCGACUUUUUUAGCCUGAAAAAAAACUCCAUGUUACUUGUCUGAAUAAAUGUUAAAUCUACAUGUGUUGGUUUCUCUGGUGCCAAUGGCCCCUAUAUAGUGUGAGCCAGUCAUUCAUUGACAGUGCUAGAUGAAGAUGGAUACAUGGUGUUGUAUCCAGUAACUGGAGAGUGCUAAAUGAGCUGCUGUGUAAGCAGCUUCAUCUCUGGAUGAUUGAAGGCAGAUUGCAUUUUAACUGACCAACAAAGGCACACUAGACAUCUCUCGAUGUGCAACUGCAGAUAGCAGUAGUUUCAGGUUGGAUUGAGCUUGUGAAAGGCCAGGUAGACAGGGUAGUAUAGUUAGUACAAUGAAUUCUAAAGGCAGCGUGGAGGUGAUGGAGACCCGGACCCAAAGUCAGAAGGAGAAGCUGGCCGAAGACCCGAUCAACAUUGGCAACGAGGUUGAGGGCGAGGACAGCAAACUCCCCGGGGCUUACAACUGCAACGUUUGUGGACGCAGUUUCCCGUUCCUCAGCUCUUUGUCCCAGCAUAUGAGACGCCACACUGGUGUGCGCCCUUACAAAUGUCCCUACUGUGACCACAGGGCCUCUCAGAAGGGCAACCUCAAAGUUCACAUCCGCAGCCACAAACUGGGCACACUCUCUAGCCACCACUCCAAUGAGGAUGAAGAGGGUGGGGCCGAGGAGGAGGAGAUGAGUGUUUCAGAGGGUCUCGACGGAGGUACGAGUCCAACUAAGAGCAGCUCCGCCUGUAACCGGAUGAUCAAUGGAGACAGUGGUGAGGAGAGUCGGAGGAAAGUGCCUGGGAGGAGCAUGAAAAGAGAGAAGCCUGUUACCGACCAGAGGCCUUACUGUUGCCGUCUGUGUGGCUACGAGGCCCAUCGAGAAGACCAGCUCCUCAGUCAUAUUGAAAAGGUCCACAUAACAGCAGAUACAGAGGAGGAGACCACUGUUAAGGAAGAGCCUGUGCCCGAACCUGAUGUGGUCCAACCCCAGAGUGAUGGGACCUUCCCCUGUGAGACCUGUGGCCAGAUUUUCACCCAGGCCUGGUUUCUAAAGUCCCACAUGAAGAAACAUGCAGGGAUCCUUGACCACUGUUGUCGUAUCUGUGGACGACGGUUCCGGGAAGCUUGGUUUCUCAAAUCGCACAUGAAAACACACAACAGCAGAGCCAGGUCAAAGUCAAAAGCAGAAUCCACUGAACAACCGGCCACUAUCAACGACGUAGCCCAGGAUCCUGAAAUUAUCACUGGCUCUGCAACAUCCAUCUAUCAAAUGUGUUCCAAAUGUGGGAACCUGUUCCAUGACAAAGAGAGCCUGAGGGCCCAUGACAAAAUCCACAGUCCAAGUCAUGGCAGGAAAUCCCAGAACCAAUGCAGACUCAGUGAUGAUGAGGACUCACCAGCUGCUAAGAGACGUUACCUGGACUACUUUAAUCUCCAGCCUGUUGAGAAAAAGAUCCUGGAUGAAAAGGAGAGUGAGAAGAAGAUGCUAGGUCAAAGAAUCCCAGAGCUGGAUCCAGUUUGCAGCUACCAGGCCUGGCAAUUAGCUACUAAAGGAAGGGUUGUUGAGCCAGUGGAGGCGAGUUCCAAGGCCUCCUAUGGGGGAGGUAGUGUGGGGGAGGAGUCCCUUGCCGGAACUGCUGUAGUUUUUGAGAAGGAAAGCAGCCGUUACGUCCUGCAAGGUCAAGAGAAACGCAGCUCAGGCCGACGCAGCAGCUCCGGAUUGGGAAGCCAUGCUUCUUCAGGGGACCGGACACCAGAGAGCCUCAGCGACUCGGAGUACCGGCCUUCGUCUCGCCAGGAUCGACGGCGCCCAUCUUCCUCAAAGUCUAACGAGUGCUUUGAGUGCGGGAAGGUGUUUCGCAGCCGUCACCAGAUGAUCGUCCACCAGCGGGUCCACAGUAAGCACGGAGGUAGGGCAUCUGUGGGACACAAUGAAAGAACUGCAAGAGACGACCAAUGGGGGUCCACCAGUGAUCCAGAGUCAGGCUCCCCCAGCCGACCCAGCACCCCGGGUUAUGGAGACUCUCCACCAGCCUCCACCAAUGGAGACCAGGCCUCAGAGAAGGGUACCGCGAAAUCUGGAGAGAUUGCAGAUGAGAAGCCUUACAUCUGCACCCUUUGUGACUUCGUCACCACAGAGUUGCAAGCCUAUUUGACUCACGUCCGCGUCCAACACCCGGCUGUCCCCGGAGAUAGACCCAGUCCCAUUCCCAGCCCAAGCUCCAGCUCGGAAAGAGGCACCCCAAGUGGUUAUCCCAAGCUGAAGAAAGCUCUUCUUCAGGGGUUGAACAACUCUGCAUCCCCACCUGCGUACCUUUCCGCUCGAUCCUCCUCGCCUGAUCCCAGCAUGACCCCUGUGGAUCUAUGUGUGAGGGCUGAGGGCUGCAGGGGCCUAGCCUCCCUAAUCCAGGACAGGAGAAGCCUCCCUAGCCACAAGUGCUCCUUCUGCUCCCACUCCACCCGCUACCCCGAGGUGCUCUGGGUGCACCAGACUGUGGCUCACCGUAUCAACAGCAGCAGCUCCAAUCUUGCUCCUAAAUGGGCUCUCAAGCACAGCUCCAAGGGCUCCAGGGACAACUCAUUAUCCUCCAGGAGACGCACUGGUCCCCCGCCAGUCCUGGAGGGAAAGGAAUGCCCACCGCUGCCUCCACUGAUGCGUACCCAACGUACCCGGCCCCCAACCUACUCCAGCGAGGUUCUAAAGAAAAGCAGGCCAGCCAGUCAGGCAGCCAUGCCAUCAUCAUCAUCAUCAUCAUCAUCGUCCUCCUCAACCCCCUCCUCCUCAUUCCCCAGGGGCUCCUCAUCCACCCCAGGCACCCAUCCUCGGAAAGUCCCUGUCCGGCCAGGAAAAAGCAACAGCAACAGCAGCAGCAACAGCGGCAACAGCAACAGCAACAGCAACAACAACAGCAGCAGCAGCAGCAACAGCAACAGCAGCAACAGCAGCAACAGCGGCAACAGCAACAACAACAGCAGCAACAGCAACAGCAGCAACAGCAGCGUCAGACACAUGGAGGACCAGAAUCAUCAGUCUAGCUUCAAACCCAAAGUGGAUAUUUACCCUCGGGGAGGCUCGUCGUCUUCCUCCAGCCCCUUGGAGAAGAGCACCAGUGCCCUCUCACAUUCCUCAGCCCCGAGCCCCAGCUCUGCUACUGCAUCCCGGAUGGCUGACCGCUACUUGAUGCCUCAAGAGGGCCUUGGCUUCAUGCUGUCCAGCAAACACGGCCUAUCAGAGUACAGCCGAGCAAGGGGUUCCCCUCAUCAGCCGCUUCCCACCUCCCACGGCCAGAGGCGAGCUAACGCUUCGAGGCCCAGCACCAUCACCCACCGCUCCACAGUGGGACACAACUACGGAUCUUCCCAGCCACAUGGAGGCACUCUGCUGAACUCCUCCUCCUCCUCCUCCUCUUCGUCUUCUUUGCCUUCAGAGGCUCGUGGAGAUGUGAAGCAGGAGCCAAUCGCAGAGACACCAGAGACGCCAACUGACAUCCUCGGCUUCCUUAAAAACUACAACCCUCACGAACUGGCUUCCCUCUACCACCGCUGGGGUGCGGCCAAUGCAAUGCUGGAUCCAACUGGGAUGCUGAGGUCUCUGAUGCGGCAGGGACAGUAUUUCUGCUAUGAGUGCGGGAAGAGUUUCAGUCAGCCCAGCCACCUGCGCACUCAUAUGAGAUCCCACACAGGGGAGAGGCCAUUCCUCUGCCAGCUCUGCCCAUACCGAGCAUCUCAGAAAGGGAACCUAAAGACGCACGUCCAGAGUGUCCACCAUAUGCCUUUUGACAACAGCCAGUACCCAGACACAAGGAGCUUGUUAUCGAGCCGGGAGGAGCGAGGAGCACUGGCUGCCAAACACCCACCACCACCCCACCAACAACAACAACAGUAGACCAUCUGAUAGACCGGGAUCUGGGACCAGACUAGUCAGGGAAUCACACAACCUGAAAACACCAUGGCCACUCCUGAAAAUCAGAGGAGUCCUCUUCAUGCAUCCUCCUUUAAUGACCUUAGAAGAAUUAUCUACAAUGAAGGCUCUUGUAGUUGUUGUUUUUGUUAAAAGUUAGUUAGAGCUGUGCUAGGCAAUUGUAGCAGCAGAGAAGAGUGUCUUAUGUACAAACGGAAAGAAUUUCGAUCACACAUGUGGGACUUUUCUUUUUCUCCGCACAGAAGAAAUGAAGAGCAAAAAAGUGUCCCCUCAGCAGGAAAGCUGGACUCACCGGGGAUCGAUUUUUUGCUAAUUUAGUUUGAAGGUCGGCAACACUGGGCAGACUGUGUGUUGUUUACAUCACUUUUUAAGGAUUUCUGAAUACAGAAGCCCUCAAAAUUCAAAGAGUUGCUUUUUUGCUGCCAUUCAAGAGGCACCAACAAGUGAUGUUGCCCAGCGCAGCUUUACGAGAAAAGCAACAAUUUUAUGAAGAAAAGCAAAAAAACUAAAAAACAGAACUUGAAUGCGACUGCUUGUGUUUUGAUCAAGGACUGUGACAUUGCAUGGCUGCUGUAGUUGCUCCCCCCCUCUUGUUUUUUGUUUUCUUAGCUUUAUUGUAUUGGAGUUUGUGCAUUCCUCAGGACACAAAUCAUCAGAGAUUAGA